AAAAUAAUUAAAGUAUACAGUUCUUAGAAUAAAUUCCAUCGGCUAUGCGUACGUAUUAUUAUGCUUCACUGUAUGUAGCCAAUACUUAAAAUGUGCCGAAUUAGUUUUGAAUUUCCCUACUAAAACAUGUGAAAAUGUAUACCCGUACUUUAAAAAUAAACUUCACGUAGGCAUAAGCCGCAUAUAGUCAUGUACCCAACGUCAGGGGACACUUGAAACGAGAGAAGGUAAUUUCAGUGAUUUCUGUCAAGAAGGUUACAAUUAAAUGAACUAUUUCAUGAACUCCAUACAUAUCUGAAGGGUGUGCGUGAUCACGGAAGAUUCUUUCUGGAACUUGCCUAGAUUUCAGCACUACCGUAUUUUCGUGGAAAAAAUCGGUUCUGCGAGAGAUCUGUAGCCAUCGAAGUUUUAUUUGCGAUUCGCAAGGGAGGCAUUUUCAUCAGCUGGCUCUCCUCGGCCUCAGUCUGGCGCCAGUCCAACCUCCUCCUGCAGCUGUGGGGAGAGCCAGGGAGUCCCUCCCACUCUCUGUCACGCAGUUUCAGAGAAAACGGAACUUAACUCUCUCUCUGUUUGCGUCAAAUAACUAGGUGCGUCUGUUCAGAACCAGGAAAUAUCUCCUGCACUUUCACGCAGAUUCAGAGAAACUACACUACCUUCUGAAUAAAAAUUGAUCUCUAAUCAGUUUUUUUAGCCAUUUUUUUGUAAAAUGGCUGAAGGUGGCGUUUUACUAGAUCAGGACCAGUUCAGCUGUUCGAUCUGUCUGGAUCUACUGAAGAAUCCGGUGACUAUUCCCUGUGGACAUAGUUACUGUAUGGGCUGUAUUAAAGGCUGCUGGGAUCAGGAUGAUCAUACUGGUGUCUACAGCUGUCCCCAGUGCCGACAGACCUUCACCCCAAGGCCUUUUCUGAACAAAAACACCAUGCUGGCUGAAGUGGUGGAGAAACUGAAGAAGACAGGACUCCAAGCUGCUCCUCCUGCUCACUGUUACGCUGGACCUGGAGACGUGGCGUGUGAUUUCUGCACUGGGAGAAAGCACAAAGCCAUCAAGUCCUGUCUGGUGUGUCUGGCCUCUUACUGUGAAACUCACCUCCAGCCUCACUAUGAAUUUCCUGCCUUUAAGAAGCACAAACUGGUGAAAGCCACUGGAAACCUGCAGGAGAAUAUCUGCUCUCAUCAUGAUGAACCACUGAAGAUUUACUGUCGUACCGAUCAGCAGUGUAUCUGUUAUCUGUGUACAAUGGAUGAACACAGAGGCCAUGAUACAGUCUCAGCUGCAGCAGAAAGGACUGAGAAACAGAAGCAGCUGGGGGCGACACAGAGUAAAUUCCAGCAGAGAAUCCAGGAGAGAGAGAAGGAGCUGCAGGAUCUGAGACAGGCUGUGCAGUCACUCAAGCGCUCUGCACAGGCAGCAGUGGAGGACAGUGAGAGGAUCUUUACUGAGAUGAUCCGCUCCAUUGAGAGAAGGUGCUCUGAGGUGAAAGAGCUGAUCAGAGAUCAGGAGAAGGCUGAAGUGAGUCGGGCUGAAGGACUCCUGGAGCGACUGGAGCAGGAGAUUGCUGAUCUGAGGAGGAGAGACGCUGAGCUGGAGCAGCUUUCACACACAGAGGAUCACAUCCAUUUCCUCCAGAGCUGUCAGUCUCUCUGUGCCCCUCCUGGACCUGGAGACUUACCCAGCAUCACUGUCAGUCCACACGUCUCUUUGGAGGCUGUGAGGAAAUCUGUCUCUGAACUGAAAGAGCGACUGGAGGACGUUUUCAAGGCGGAGUUGGUAAAAGUUUCUGGAAAAGUGGGAAGAGUCCAUAUUGUUGACCCUGAAGAGCCCAAGACCAGAGAGGACUUCUUACUAUAUUCCUGUCAGCUCACACUGGACCCCAACACAGCGUAUGAAUACCUCCGUCUGUCUGAGGGGAACAGAGAGGUGACCCUUGUGGAAGAGAUCCAGUCAUAUCCUGAUCAUCCAGAGAGAUUUGACUACUGGUGGCAGGUGCUGUGCAGAGAGGGUCUGUCUGGACGCUGUUACUGGGAGGCUGAGUGGAGUGGAGGUGAUGAUGAUGAUGAGGUUGAUAUAGCAGUGACAUAUAAAGACAUCAGCAGGAAAGGGCAGGUUCAUGCCGCUGCUCUGGGAGGUAAUGACAAGUCCUGGGCUUUGCGCUGCUCUCACUCUGGUUACACAUUCAGGCACAAUAAUAAGAGCACUAAAAUCACUGUUCCCUCCUCCACCAGAAUAGGAGUGUACCUGGAUCACAGGGCAGGAACUCUGUCCUUCUACAGCGUCUCUGACACAAUGACCCUCCUGCACAGAGUCCAGACCACGUUCACUCAGCCCCUCUAUCCUGGGUUUUGGUUUCAUAAUUAUGAAUCCUCUGUAAAACUGUGUGAUCUGGGUUGAGUCAGAAAGUGAAGGGAAGAUCAGCUGUAAUUAAAGAGAGGGAAAAACAAUGAGAUAAAACAGUGAAAUGAGAUAGAAAAUGAAUUAAAUGAAAUAUUGGGCUGGCUCAUUACACCAAGGGCCGAGUUUUACCUUGAUAUGCAGCUUCACAAACCUGAUUUAAUAAGAUUUGGUGAAGUUACUGUUGUGACUCCAUUUUGAUGAUUUAGGAGUGCUUAAUGGAUGAUUUUUGAGACGCCUUUAGAAGUAUUACAUCGCUGUACAGGGCGUUCAGUCCUGCAGCACCCAGACUCUGGAAUGACCUUCCUGGGUGCAAGUGGAGUUCUGAAUCCAUCCAGUCUUUCAGAACACAGUUAAAACCUGUCUGUUUAGGAAGGCCUAUCACACUGGUCAUCACACAUAGCAUUUCUCUGCUCAUUGGGGGUUCUCCUCCCUGCUGGUUCCCUGUAAACAUUGUCUUAAGAGCUUACUCUUGUUUUUACUCUUGCUUUUUGUGUUGCUUCUUGUAUUGUUGU